UCAAUUAGGAAGUAACAACAUGGCUGCCACCAUAGAGAAUUUAGUUGGUGUUGCACGAUGAAGUGUUGGACGUAGAAAAUAGCAAUUUAUGUUUCGUAAAGGCAAGGAUAAUGUUCGGUAAGCGUGACCAUUGCUUUCUACUUUAUGCAAGCACUAGUGUAGUCCUGUGAACCAUCAUGAUGGAGGUGAUGGAGAACAACAGUGAUGAAAGCCCUGCAGAGGAGGAUGCAGCUUCUUGGGGCUCCGUCACUGUCAUGGACCGUGGAGAUGCCCCUGCUCAAGUUGUCAUUGAGAAGAACUUGAAGGCGCGAUCGGAACGACGUGUGGAAGAGACGAAAGAACAGCUGGAGAAGAUAACCAGCCGAGUUGCGCAGGCAAUGGCAGCAUUUGAACUGGAUGAGAAACUUAUGAAUGACAACAAAGCUGCCUUCUUUGUGCCUGAUUUGAUUGAACUAGAGAAGAUUAUCAAGGAUACUAUACAGAAGAGAAAAUAUCAACAGGAAGUCACUAUCUUUAUUGUUGGUUAUGAGAGCAAGUCCGGACAAAGACUGAAACUGCUGUCACAGAUCAACGAUUUUUUCACUGCAUACAUCAACACCAUUGAGGAAGAGGAAUUCCUACACAAACCAGCCAAUGAGAAUGAACUGGAGGAGAUCUCCAGCAGAGUUCAAGAAGCCUUGGACACGGCCUCUAGCGCUGCUCAGAAACUGAACGAUAUCGGUCACGAUAUGUUCAACAUUGUGGAGAAGCUUCACGGAGGCAAGGCAGCAUCUAAGAGCAAGAAGAAACUGGAGAAAGCCCUGAUGCAAGCCAAGGAUGACAUAAUGAACCUGACUGAGAAGCUGAUGGGAGCACAGACAGAAAUUGAAGAGAAGGAAGACCAAAUGACAAAGCUGUACAAACAGAUUGAUGUGAAAAACCUGGAAGUGAUGAAAUACAAGAAUAAUGCUGAAAUGGCCAAGAAAAAUCUCGGGCAGGUGGACGACCUCAAGCUACUGAUGAAGGACAAAGAAGAAGAGAUCGAGAAAAUCCAACGCGCAAUGGCAGAUCGUGAACUCAGCGUCCAACAAAUGGAGCAGUCCAGAGAAGCCACAGUCGUCAAACUACGAGCUGCUAAUGAAGACAAUGAGAGGAAACAACAAACUAUUGACAAACUUCAGUCAAAGAUCACAACACUUCAGGUGCAGCUAGACGAAUCAAGAAAUGAUCUGCAGAGGCACCAUGAGUCAACCAUCGUCUCCCUCAAACACCAGCAUAAUGCAGAGCUGGAAGCAGUGAAGGGAGAGUACCAAGAAAAGAUUGACAAAUUAGAGGAGGAUCUGCAGAACAGAGUGAAGCAUUGGGCACCAGAAUCAGACGACGAGUCUGAGAAGCCGAGUAUCAGCCGGAAAUCCAGCCAGCUGGACUUGGCCAGCCGGAAGUCUAACCGGCCAGAAUUGGAGAAUAAAAUGUCGCAGACAGAAGGUUUGGAAUUGCCUGCGCCCCCAAGGGCAGUGUCAUCGCUGUCAGACAUGGAGUCGAUCAGUGUACCACCAAGCCGGCAGCCAUCGAAUGUACAGAAAAAAGUGGACUCCUUAAGUCGACAGAGCAGCACAACAGCUACACCAGCGCUGGAAACUCCCAAACCAGCCCCUAAGCAGACUCCAGACACCCCCAAAACACAGAAGGCUGACACGCCCAAGACAUCCAAACCAAAUGCACCAAAAGUCUCUGCCUUGUCCACAGACAGUACAGAUUCCGCUUCCAACGUGGCCACUCCCAAACGAGGAGCUCGCAACAAGUCCAACCUGGAACCGGUCCACGAGGUGCCUUUUGAGGAGAAGAUUCCCAUCGAGGAUGAGGCCAGAUGGGAGAAAGUACCACAGGAGAAACUGCCAUCUGCCUUCAAGCAGUACCGGAAAGAGGCUCUGUUUGUCGUUCAAGGUCUUCAGAAUGAGGUCAAGACGGUCAAGGAAGAGAGCCACAAGAAGGUGACAUUGCUGAAGACUCAGGCCAAGGAGAAUGAGGACCGAUGGGAGACGGAGAAACACCUGUUGGUCCAGAAGGUUGAGCUCGUCGAGAAGCAGAAGACUGAAGCAGAGAAGGAAGCUGAUGAGGCCAUGGCACAGCUGGAGAACUUUGUCAAGGAGCAAGGCCAGAUGGCAAAAAUUAAGGAGGAAGAGAACAAAGAGAAGAAGUUGAAGAAAUUAACUCCUGAGCAGCGUCUCAAGUAUUUUGGGCCGGAGAAGUCCAUUUUGCCAGAUGAUGUCAAGGAGACAUCUAAAGGACCUACCCAGAAUGGCACAUCAGUAGAUACAAGUAACCAGGAGCAACAACAACAGCCUAUAGAAGAGAGGGAGGGGCCCCAUAAUGAGGCUCCUCCCACCAUGGAGGGCCUCGCCUCUGAGGCCAUUGAUCAUGAAAUGCAGACGACCCCCGUCGUCCAGGUGGGCCGUUCCCAGCAGACUUCACGCUUGGAGUCUCGCGGGCACCAAGAGCUUUUUAAUCGCUUGAUGGCCACCGGACGCCUCACGAACCAACAGAAGGUUGAGGAGCCCCCUGCAUAUAUAGACACAGACUCAAAUGUAGAGGAGGUCUCUAAUGAUUACAACUCUCCCCCACAGCAGAAGAGUCUUGUUGAUAUCACCACCCAAACCGACCCUUGGGUACCCACCCCUAAACCCCCGUCCUACACUAAAUCCUUCCCCCGUCGAAACCAAGUAAUCUCCCACAACGAAGAGGAAGACAAGGGGGAGAAAGACCAACUGCCAAAUCCUCGGCCUCUCAGUCGGGAGUCGGACUUUGAUGCCGACGUGGAAUCAGACGCGUUCAGCGAGCGCUCGCUGGCUAAUCACUUGAGCCGUGUCUUGGCUGACUUGACUCUGUCUGAUGAGGGUGGGGAAGAUGAAGAUCGCCCUCUAUCUUCCACCAGUCAGCGAUCGCUGUACGAGAAGUACCGCGCCCAGCUAGAGCAGAAGAAAGCAGAAAUAGUGGAGAGGCGGUCACGUGCCACUUCAAUGCAUGGUUCCCUAUUGAGUGCCAAGAGUGAAAGGCAGGGUAUCAGACCUAGGAGCAACCUGACCACCCCCAAUGGGGACAUUCCAUUUCCUGAUGAGGUUGAGAAAAUGGACACAGCUACUUCACCUGUUGCCUUCUCUGUAUCCAGCAAGACAUCCAAGCAAUCUGUUGAGUCCAUCGCUGAACACCCAGUAGUACAAGACUACCUCCGUGCCUAUCAGAUUGUCAUGGACUUCAAAGACUCCCUGAUCACUGCUCUCCGUGACAAAGAUCUCCUGUCAGCAGCAGAGAGGCUGGCGGAUAUUGGUCAGCUAACCUUCAACCGUAAUCUCAACGUCCAGAACCAGGUGUAUGAGAUGACCACCAACAUAAUGAGCUUUCUGAAGGAGGCAGCGAGCAUCAUCAACAGCUACCUCUACAAUGAUAUGGAGCCUGCCGUAUCCUCCCUGAUUACUACGCAGGCAGAUACCUCCAAGACAACCAGCCUGAGGAAGGAAGAGAGGGAAGACAAGCAGACGAUAGAAGCAGAAUCUACUGUUGAGAUGACAGCAGUCACCGACCCAGAUGUCCGAGAACUAAGAGAAAAUUACGAGAAUUUGAAAUUCAGUCUUGACCAACAGAAGAAAGAUUAUGAAGAUAAGCUAAACAACAAUGCUGUGAUGAUGAUGGAGUUACAGGACACCAUUCAAGAGCUUCAGCAUGAAUUGUCCGCCUUUGGGGGAUCCCCUUCCAAACCUUUCUCGGCAGUGUCCGGCAUGUCAGCCCGCUUUGACCCAAACACAGAACCCACGAUCAUCUUCUCCAGAACAGACUCUGAGCGCAACCAGAAAGCCCUCAAGAGAGCUGUCAAUGCACGCAAGUUGGAGCCACAGCGAUACAUGGAAGUGGUGCAAACCAUGGAUCAGUAUACAGUCCUACCAGCAAAACGCUUUGUCCAUCUGGCAAAAAAAUACACUCACCACAUGCACAUGAAGCAGAUUGAAGAGAACGUGAGGCAGAGCAACUCCUUAGAUGAGGAAGUCUACGCAUUAUUGGAGAGAAUGGAAGCACUACAGAGCCUGAGGGCACAGCGUUGGGGCGAUCAGAUGGACAAUCUUGCCUCAGAACGUCUACACCUGGCUCAAAUGUUGAUGGAAGCGUUGCGGAAAGUGGAGGAGGAAUCCGGCAUCUUUAUGAUCAAGCCGAUACUGUCCUGGAAAGGAAGAAACCAGAUUCCACACUACCAGCAGAGCCGGAUCAGCGAAAACUACCGGCCCAAGCCCUUCCUGAAACCCAUCACCCCGUUACGUGACGGUACCCCACUCAACAUGGUCCCAGCACCUACCCCUGCCUCCCAGCACCCUGUCAAGAGUGCCCUCAUGAGGCCUUCCACACAGGAUGCAACUGCUACUGAUGGGCAGACUGCCCCAGACCAAGCCAACGAGGUCCCCAUCAAAGGAUCUAGUGUUCACCUGGUGGGUCCCCAGUCCCAGCCCAUGUGGGCCAUGUCCACCUCCUUCGCCCCACCCAGCGGUGCUGGCGACCCUGCCAAGGACCAGUUCUCCAUGGUUACUACACCGCGGAUCUUGGAGCUGGACGUGAACCGCAUGCUGAUUGGUCAGAAUACCGUUAGCGCACUGACCAAGCCAUUUCCACCCAGCAAUGACCGCUUAGUGAACGCAUCCAAUGCUAGCGUACGGUCCUACAUGAGCAUCGACCGACCAUCAGCCCACCCGGGUCAAGUCACACAACAAGGCAGGCCCAAUUCCACAGGCACGGAAGGAUCUCGAGCUUCACCAGCCAUCCUUGCUGUUAAGACACCCAACAGCGCCGGUUCUCGUCACAGUAGAGCUCUGAGCGAGAGUGCCCUAUCCCUCAACCAGCCCUUGCCUCCAAUCAAACUGCCACCCAACAACACCCCGGAGGAUGGGUUCAGAGGUCGGAGUUCAAAUGGGAGUAGCAGGUCAGGAACCACGGGAUCUAGUGGUUCAGUGCUGAGGAAAGACAUGUCAAGGCCAGUCACCCAUCCCUCUCCACCCCGUACCCCUCCUGGCUCCUCCCUUCGGCAGUCCCCACCCCUCAUGAACACCGUCGAGCCGGAUGCAACGGAAGACAAUGAAGACGUUACAUCGCUGGGUCAUGUGACCAAGAUCUCGAUGCGUUCAGUGUCACGAUCCUCGGAGCGUAGCUUUACCCCAGACAAAGAGACUUGACGGGGUUUAGUCACCUGUUGCCUCAGGCAAGGUAUUGAUGUCAGUCAUCCCAUUUCCAAAGGAAUCUUUGUUUGGUAGCUUUCUCAAUCCACCAGAAGCCAUCAGUUUGCAGUGACCCAACACAAUCACUAGGUAUCAAAACAUCAGG